CGCGGCCAGUGACGGCUUUGGGCCAAGCCACUAAAAGGGUUAGGGUUCUUUCAAGAAGACUACAAAGCUUGUCUCACCGCCUUCAGACUUUGGCAGACUUGCCCGCCAGCGCCAGCGGCUGCGCGCAACAACUCUAAGCCAUGAAAGGGCGAUAUACCACAUACCUACCUUACUAAUCACAGGACUGGGCACCACCAGUCGUGCGAAAAGAUGGCCUCAACCCCGAUGGACGUGGACGAGGCACCGCCAUCGCUCACAAGCCUCAAUACGACCCCGUCGCUCAACAUAACCCGGACGCUGGGUGUUAAUGUCCCCAGCACCACCAAAGUGAGCGACGUUAUCUCGGCCUUCAGACCAACAAAGCUAUUUCAUCGCGACGACGUUAAAGAGGGCAAGCCACAGCCCCACAUCCUCUCAAUCGACUUCGACGACCCGGGUGAGCUUUGCAUGACCUCGGAAAGCGACGAGACAAUCCAGAUAUACAACGUCAAAGAUGGCCGUCACGACAAGAGCCUUAUGAGCAAAAAGUACGGCGUAAAGCUGGCCAAAUUCACUCACACAAGCUCGAGCAUCAUCUAUGCCAGCACGAAACAAAACGAUGCUAUCAGGUACCUGGCCACGCAUGACAAUUCGUUUAUCCGCUACUUCGACGGCCACGAGGCAUCCGUCACGAGUCUGGCGCUGCACCCUGGGUCUGAUAACUUUAUCUCAUGCAGCCUGGACAACACGGUGAGGAUGUGGAACAUUGGGUCUAGGCAAUGGGUCGCUAAGCUUCUCCUCCCUGGCCCACACAUCGCGGCCUGGGACCCCUCUGGCAACGUCUUCGCCGUCGCACUGCCCGCCAGCGGUUCGGUGAUUUUGUACGACUACCGAAACUACCAGAAGGCGCCAUUCGCCGUUUUCGACGUGAUGAAAGUUAAAGGGCCGGCUGAGCUCGAAGCCGCUUACCGCGGAUGGACAGCGCUCGAAUUCUCCAAUGACGGGAAGCACCUCCUUUUGGGUUCGCGCCUGGGCGGCCACUUUCUCCUCGACGCGUUUGACGGCACCCUAAAGGCGUACUUGAAGAAACCUGGCGGCACGAGACGUCUAGCCGUGGGGGAGAUUGAAGGAGGCUCGGUCGAGAGUAGCGGCGACUGCUGCUUCAGCCCGGAUGGCCGCUAUAUACUGAGCGGUGCUAAAAAGGACCUCCUCGUCUGGGACACCCUGGCGACACCCGAUCACAACAAGAUCCUCGAGACGGCACACGUCCUCGACGAUAAGAGAGAGGCGGCAGUGGUCGCAUACAACCCUCGGUACAACAUGUUAGCCACAGCAGAUCAAGAGCUUUUGUUCUGGAUUCCCGACCCGCAUGCGUAGGUCGAAAUGUAGGUGGAUGAGUGGGCGUAGCGUUGAUCUCUAGUAAUAUAACCAACUGGGGACCGGAAAACGGGCUGGCAGCAUUGAGGAUACCCCUGUUUGCAUCUUUGGGCGUACUUGGAUGCGUAAAAAGGGGAGGUAGGCAUUUUUGGUUUUGACACGGAGCCUGGAUUGAUUGCUGAGUGUAAUUUCUUCAUGUACCAGGAAAUGCUAGUAAGUGUUGUGUCAAGGUUAUGCAUGUACAAGUAUGUACAACAAAAGUACUCUGUAUCAUUAAUAGAAUCAGCAAAUUUCAGAACUUGGCGAGUAUUCUGUGUGAGGUUCCUAAAUGUUACAGGGAAGUGUAAGAUGGGAGUUGUGGG